AUGUCCCGGUCCGCAACCCCCAACCCCGUCGCGAGCAGCAGCAGCUGGUCCGCUUUCCUCAAGUCCAUCGCCUCCUUCAACGGCGACCUCUCCUCCCUCACCGCCCCGCCCUUCAUCCUCUCCGCCACCUCCCUGACCGAAUUCAGCUCCUACUGGUGCGAGCACCCGCCUUUCUUCGCCGCCCCCGCCGCUGAGUCCGACCCGGAGAAGCGCGCACUGCUCGUGCUCAAGUGGUUCCUCUCGACCUUGAAGCAGCAGUACGCGAGCCGUAGCGAGAAGUACGGCAACGAGAAGAAGCCUCUGAAUCCGUUUCUUGGCGAGCUGUUCUUGGGGAAGUGGGAGGAUGAGGCGGGGGUUACGGAGCUCAUUAGUGAGCAGGUGAGCCAUCACCCACCAGCGACAGCCUACAGCAUCACCAACAUUCCCACCGGCACCCACCUCGAAGGCUAUAACGCCCAAAAAGCCACCUUCUCCCGCACCAUCAACGUCAAGCAAAUCGGCCACGCCAUCCUCACCGUCCCCUUCCCCGACAAGACCCUCCCCGCCGAAAAGUACCUUAUCACCCUACCCUCCCUGCACAUCGAGGGUCUCAUCUACGGCGCACCCUUCGUCGAGCUCAACUCGUCCUCCUUCAUCACCAGCUCCUCGGGCUACACCUCCAAGAUCAGCUACUCCGGCAAAGGCUGGCUCUCCGGAGAGAAGAACAGCGUGACUGCCGUGCUGUACCACGAGGAUAACGAGCGCGACGUGCUCUACAACGCCGUGGGGGUCUGGACCAAGUCUUUUAGCUUUUACAAGGGCCCCGCGAAGAAUAAUUCGUCGAGCACCCUCGUCGAGACGUACGAUGCCGCGAGUUCCCCGGGCACGAAACUUACUGUCGCGCCCCUAGAGGAACAGCACCCCCUCGAAUCUAGAAGGGCCUGGAGUAAGGUCGCCGCCGCCGUGGCAAAGGGCGACAUGGACGCCGUCGGCCUCGAAAAGGGCAAGAUUGAGCAGGCGCAGAGGGAUAUGCGGGCCAAGGAGAGGAGCGAGGACAGGGUUUGGGAGAGGAUUUACUUUACGGCGCAAGACGGCCCCGAUGAGAUUUUGACGGAGUUGGCGCCGAGGGUUGGGCUCGGCGUUGAUGGGGAUGCUGAUAAGACGGGAGGGUUGUGGAGGUUUGAUUGGGAAAAGGAAGCAAAGGUUAAGAAGGCUGGGAAGCCUUCCGAGGAGGAGGUGCUAGCCAUUGAGAGGGAUCUCUUGGGACAAUGA